CCUGAUUUAAUUUGUUUGAUGACACCAACAUGUUCCACGAUCACGCGGCGAUGAAGGUUUCCACGGAUGUCUCGUCUCCUCGCCUCGUCCUGCCGGCCGCUCAGGGCCGACCCUCUGCCGGCGGUCUCCUUCAGGCUCGAUUCACCUCGGGCCUCCCUCAGCUGUCAGACUCUCCCCGCCCUCUCCUUCCUCCAUCACGGCCGUCUCCAGCCGGCGUUGAAGCCCCCCGCUCUCUGCAGUGGGCGGGGCCUGGCCCGUCCCCCUUCACGCUGCCCUCCCGGACUCCGGAGCCUUCAUUUAGGACGGUUGGCGUUCGGCGGCUCGGCGGCCCCGUCCCCCUCAAAGAGUCGAUCACUCACGGGAAGGGAGGUUUACUCAUGGACACCGGGCUGUUCGCCGUGCGCUCCUUCCGGGUCGGGUGGGGUCCCGGCUGGACGCUCGCACACUGCGGCAGCCGGCUGAGCUCGCCAACGUCCAAGCAGUUCGAGCACCAAGAACUGACGGCAAAGACUGACUUCAGCUUCCUGCCGAAACCUGCCAGGAGCAAACCACUCACAGAAAGCCCCUACAAGGUAGUGGUGGAGCAGGUGGUGGGUCUGGAGCCUCCCAGAGGGAAAACCAUUGAAGAAGAGGAAGAUGAAGAGAGCCAGGCGGUGCUGCAGCGCCCCCUGGAGAUCUGCCUGAAGCACAGCAUCGUGGAGGUCCCCGACAGCUCCGCUUGCCCUGCGGUGCGACCACAGCCCGGCGUGGCGGCGCUGCACGAGUAUGCCGAGUGGAUCGCCGAGCUGAAAGACAGACGAGGCGACACUGAGCCGCUGCUGGGGUACUGGGCCGAGGUCUGGACUCUGUGCGAGGCGCUGUGGGGCCGGCUGGGCCCCUCGGAUCAGGAGGCCGAGGUGCUCAGCGAGUACGAGCAGCAGCUGGAGAGGAGGCGGAGCUUCUCGGCCUGGCUGUCCCACGGUGCCUCCCACAGGGUGGAGGAGGAGGUGGCUUUGGCCAGGAAAGGUCGCCAUGUCGACGCAGUUUUCAGCUACCUGACGGGAAACCGCAUCAGCGAGGCGUGCCGACUCGCCCAGAAGGAAGGAGACCACCGUCUGUCCCUGCUGCUGUCUCAGGCCGUGGGCUCGCAGUACUGCAGGGACCUUCUCGCCCUUCAGCUCGCCGAUUGGCACCGCAUGCAGACCGACUGCUACCUGCCCGAGGAGCGACUCCGCAUCUUCGCUCUGCUCGCCGGGAAACCGGUGUGGCAGUCCACCGACUCUUUGGUGAACGUGUGCGCCGAGCUGGACUGGAAGCGCUGCGUGGCCGUCCACCUCUGGUUCAUGCUGCCCCCGACUGCCUCUGUGGCCGACGCCCUCGCCAGAUACGAAGCCGCCUUUCAGGGCUUGUGUGAGGCGGGGAAGUACGCCUGUGCACCCCUGCCUCCAUACCUGGAGGCGGAGCAGCCAGAUCUGGAGGAGGCGUCCAAACGGCCGCUGUACGACCUCUGCUUCCACCUGCUCAAACUCUACAGCGACAGACACUACGGCCUGCAGCAGCUGCUGGAGCCUCUCGCCGUCACCUGGGAGCGCCUGGACUACCGCCUGAGCUGGCACCUGUGGGGCGUCCUGCAGGCGCUGCACUACACCCACCUGAGCGCCCCACGGCAGGGCCUCCUCCACGCCAGCUACGCCGCGCAGCUGGAGAGCGCCGGCCUGUGGCACAUGGCCGUCUUCAUCCUGCUGCACAUCCCCGAGCACGCGUACGUUCACCGCGCC